GGCAUGUGGUGCCCAUUGAUUUUGGGCUCACGCGCGCCGCUGCGGGGAGAUGCAUAAGACUCCAGCACAAUAAUGUCAUAAUCUAAUUACAUCCGACACGUCCGAUCCUCUUCAGAUUCAUUCUCGUUCUCACGACCGAGUUUAUCUCGGGUCAAGGAUGCAUUGGCAUAAUGCUUCUGCUUCAUCAGACAGGCUCAGUUCGGGUCGGUGAGGUGGUAAGGUACACAUUGACCUAUACGCCGAGUCUCGAUCGCAUCCUCCCCCCUCCGGCUCAUCUGUAUGUCAAAAUCAAGAACACUUCUGCGAUUCCUUUGCGAGCCGCCUAUCUUCAUGGACCCUACACUCUUUAUGUCUCUUGUUAUCCGUCAACCUUCGACCCUUAUAAGAAGCACGAGACCAUCAAAGAAGAAGGCAUACCUGAAUAUGAGCCGCAGCUAAAGGCAGGUGGAACGUGGACCGCGAAGCUCAAGGUUCCUGAAGAAGUCAGACAAGAUGCGCAUCACGUCGACAGCAAACGACAUGCAGAACGCAAGAGUUUUACUUGGGUUUUAGAAGUUGCCUCACAGAUCAUCUUCUCGAAGACUGCGAGUGUACACUAUGAAGUCCUGGUAGGGAGAGAUGAGAAAUCGGUCGACCUUGGUUUCCAUGGAGUCAUCGGAUCUGGACAGGGCGCCCCUGGGAGACUGGAGGAUCACCAGCUGAAGCGGGCAAAGAACACGGUGCAACCGAAGGGUGUCUUCUCCAAGGCGGUUAGACUGGCAGUUGAUGAUACCGAAAGCCUCUGGAAUUCACCACCAUUUCCAGAGUGGGAAGAUCAUGGAGAUGUCAAGGUUGAGGAGGGACCAGUGCAUGGCGACAAGAGAGACCAUUCGGCGAAGCAAGAUAAGAAGCAGCGGAAACAGAAAAAGAUUCAUCUUGUUCUGCUGACACACGGCCUACACAGUAAUCUGGGUGCAGACAUGUUGUUCAUGAAAGAGACGAUCGACACCGCCGCCAAGCAGGCCCGCGAAGAUGCGAAGGAGAGACGAGCUGAGAGGAGAGCACAGCGAAUGGCCGAGUCGAAUCAGUUUGGGAGAGAAGCCGUCGAUCAGAGAUCGAAAUCUGUUCCGGACAUGGCGCUUGCAGCCGAUCAAGACGAGACUACUGACGACGAGGAAGAGGAAGUCUUUGUACGAGGGUUCAAUGGCAACGCCGUGCGGACGGAACGUGGCAUCCAGUAUCUCGGCAAACGAUUCGCCAAAUACGUGCUCUCACUCACAUAUCCGGACCAGCCGUAUCUUCCGGUCAAAAGUUCGAUAGGGAAGUCCUUGUCCAAGUCGAUGCCAAUUUCAAAGCCAACGCCGAAUUCAGACACAUCUCCAGCGCACAAGAACAGCAGUAUCAUCAAGGAUGAGAACCACCAGAGCCACAAUCUACCCUACAAGAUCACCAGCAUCAGUUUCAUUGGUCAUUCCCUCGGCGGCCUCAUCCAGACGUACGCUGUAGCUUACAUUCAGAAGCAUUCACCAGAUUUCUUCGACCUCAUCAAACCGGUAAAUUUUGUCGCCAUGGCUACCCCCUUUUUGGGACUAAGCAAUGAAAAUCCGGUUUAUGUCAAGUUUGCACUCGAUUUCGGCCUGGUUGGAAGGACUGGGCAAGAUUUGGGUCUUACCUGGCGUGCUCCGACGAUUGCAAAGAAUGGUUGGGGUGCCGUCAUAGGCAGCUUGACACCUGAAGCCCAAAAGGCCCAGAGAGAGCCCGAUCCUGGUGCAAAGCCACUACUCCGGAUAUUGCCCACGGGCCCUGCGCAUAUCGCCCUCAAGAAAUUCCGAAACAGAACAGUAUACUCAAAUGUGGUCAAUGAUGGAAUUGUGCCACUAAGAACAUCAUGCCUGUUGUUCCUUGACUGGCGAGGUCUGGGUCGGGUUGAGAAAGCCAGAAGAGAGAACGGAUUGGUCGGCACCAUGGUUGAAUGGGGCUGGGCGGAAAUGACGGGUCAGAAUGCAAGCGCCCCUCGAAAGAGUCUUCCCUGGAAUGACUUCUUCGGCGACAGUGCCGAUGACAUGAGCACUCAAGGAAUGCCCUCGCCGGAUCCCGAAUCAAGCGUGCCCCAAGCAGAAGCCAGCCAGGGCUUGGACCACGAAGAAAGAGCCGAACCGGAAGAGCAUCAAUUUGUGGAAAAGCCACAGACGCCGACAUCAGCUCCCAACAUCUUUACUGGAUUCUUGAACUUGUUCAAGCCUCAGGCUGGUCAGCAGAAGCCUGCUCACAAGACGAAAAAGAUUUAUCGUCGUGGGCAAACAAUGCACCAUCUCGACCAGCCCUCCGAGAGGAGUUCGCCAACAACCUCAGAAGACAAUUCCCGCGAUAAUGACGAAGGUUCAGAUGAGCCUGGAAAGAGCAUGGUACGUGGCUCAUCAUUGUAUACCAAUAAUUCAGAAAACGGUGAGGUGGAAGCGCCGCCCAAGACAACAUUCUUCGAAUCAGCUGGUGAUCUGCUCAAUCCUCCCCUACCUCCGAAAGAGUUUCUGCUCGACCCAGCGGCUCGACCCAGGACAAUCUGGCACGAUCGCGUAUAUCACCCAGGGGACAUACCGCCGCCGCCUGCCAAGCGCCAACGUACAUUCAUGAUACGUAGUAAACCUGGCUCACGAAGCGAAUCCCAGCCACCGUCAAUGCCUUCUGACCAUUCAUCGUUGACCACCAGCGGGAGCACGAAUCCCCCGCGCUCAAGUUCAAGCCACUCCUCAACGUCAACCUUGUCGCCUUCUCACGGCCAAGACGUGGGAUCGAUGAAGAUCGAGGAAAAGAUUGCUAGAGCGUACCACAAAGACCUCUCGUGGCGGAAGGUUUUGGUACGACUUGAACCGGAUGCACAUAAUAACAUGAUCGUCCGACGUAUGUUUGCAAAUGCGUACGGAUGGCCCGUGGUGAAACACAUGUGCGACACGCAUUUUGCAUACACCGCAGCCGCGCAGACACGGGACGAGGACGAGCCGAAUUCUGAACGGGCCAAGGCAAGCGAUGCCAAAGCGGUUGGGGUCGAGGGCGAAGAGGUGCGAGGGCAGACUGAUCAACCUGCAGACGAGACCGAAGAAGAUGAUGGUGCUGCGGCGAAGAGCCCGAUCCGUGCCCACACUGCGGACGAAUAUGUUACCAGGUCCACCGCAACAUCGCCGACAAGCCAGAAGCUGCAUGACGAGGACUUGCACAAUAAACUGCACAUGAAGUGGAAAGUCGACGACCGCAUCGUGCGGCCCGACCGACCCAGGACGGAAUCCGAAAUUCGCGAGUCCAGAGACGACGUUUCGGAGCUGGUGUCUCGCGUGAGUGCCGCCGGCGAAAACAGCUACUCGAGCUCGAACUCGGGCAAGGCGGCCCUCUCGAGACUGACGAGGCAGGACAGCGCGAGGUGGAGCGAUCGCUUCUUCGACGGGAGCGACGACGACGACGACGACGACGACGAGACCGAGCAGGAGGACGGCGACGACUCGUUGGCAAAAGAGUUGAAAAAGGCCAGGCACCGCGGCGGGGUGGGGCAGGGUUCUGACCUAGCGGGCAACGAAAUGAGCACGACGAGUGCGAGGAUCGCGAAUUCGUUGACCGCCAGUCCUCGAGCGACGAGACUCGGUCUGGCAGCUACUGAUGUGCCGCCGGCUGGAGGACCAUCGUCGGUCAAGGCUGACGAUGACAACGACGACCGGAAAGUAUCUCCUCGGCCGUCCAAAGGCCCGCCGCCGCACAUGAUCAUCGCAGAACCCGACCACCCCUUGACGGCGGAACCGGGGGAGCUGGAGCCGGAACAACCACGGUCGCCGCAUGUCGCCGUCGACAAGUCCUCCGACAGAAGGAGAUAAGUUAUGACAGUCAUGAAAGCAAGUGUACCCGUAGAGAUCCUUUUCGACGAGAUAAUCAAGGCCUACCCUAUAGGAUAAUAACAUGGAUAUCCCGUGUUAAAAAAAACACCGCUUCGACUCUAUAAUUGUCGUUUCAUUACCGAUCAGGAACAAAGCACCACUUUCAGGCGGCUUCACAUGGCGACGAUGAGGCACAGAUAUUCGCUCAGCUACACUUGUUGUAUUCCUAGUCUUUCUGAUACUAAGCUACCUUGUCAACAAAAGAGGACGUCGUUGCAAGGGGGACCUAUGGUUGAAAAGGUCCCCCUCAAGUCCACCAAACUAACUCACUCGUUACGAG